AUGUUUUUAUGUCGGUUAUGCGCACUGCUCGGCGGUGAUGACGUGGAUCUAAAGAUUUCGGUACAAUCUCAAAGUACAUUUUCGGAUGAUGGAACCCGUUCGGUCCCGAAUAAAUCACGUGCUCCACGUCAAACCGGACCACUCAAUCGGAUCGAUGCGCUGGUUCAGCAGUCCGCCAAAACGGUGCAACACACAAAAGUUCUCAAUCAGCUGGCUCGGUCCGUGCGUAAAAUAAAUGAAGAAUUGACCGGAGCUGAACUAGAUGACUACAAGAGGUAUGUGUGA